AUGAAAGUCUCUGGCCCCUUGGUGGUCGCCGAAAACAUGUCCGGCACCAAGAUGUACGAGGUCGUGCGUGUCGGCAAAGACAGAUUGGUUGGAGAGAUCAUUCGCUUGGAGGGUGACACGGCCAGUAUCCAAGUCUAUGAGGAUACUUCUGGACUGACUGUGGGCGAUCCACUGGUGAAGACCGGUCUGCCCUUGUCCUUGGAGCUUGGACCAGGCAUCCUGGAUGGAAUCUACGAUGGCAUUCAGCGGCCCUUGGAACGUAUCCAACAAAUGGCACAGAGUGUUUUUGUGCCCCGUGGAGUAGAUGUGCCGAACCUGGACCGGGAGAAGCUUUGGGAGUACACGCCUGAGAACAACAUCAAGGUGGGCGACUUGGUGACCGGUGGUGACGUGGUGGGUGUUGUGAAAGAGAACGGGCUCUUCAAGAAGCACUACAUCAUGGUGCCUCCAGGAAUCAAAGGUCGUGUGAAGGCAGUUAUGCCUGCUGGCAAGUACAAGAUUGAGACCCCUGUGGUGGAGGUUGAAGAGGCCGGCAAGAGCAUGAAAGUCGAGCUGUUCCAGAGAUGGCCGGUGCGUGAGGCCCGACCUGUGGUGGAGAAGCUCCAGGGUAAGGAGGCUCUUUUGACCUGUGAACGGGUCAUUGAUGCGCUUUUCCCAGUCACCUUGGGUGGAACAGCCGCUGUGCCUGGUGCCUUUGGUUGCGGCAAGACAGUGAUCUCCCAGGCCUUGUCCAAAUACUCUAACUCAGAUGUGGUCGUUUACGUGGGCUGCGGGGAGCGUGGAAAUGAAAUGGCCGAAGUGCUCACGGACUUCCCUGAGCUCACCACGUUGAUCGAUGGGAAGGAAGAGCCCAUCAUGCAGCGGACCACACUGGUGGCGAAUACCUCCAACAUGCCUGUGGCCGCGCGAGAGGCUUCCAUCUACACAGGUGUGACGACCGCUGAGUACUUCCGAGACAUGGGCUACAAUGUGGCGAUGAUGGCGGAUAGCACCUCUCGCUGGGCUGAGGCCUUGCGCGAGAUCUCUGGUCGUCUGGCCGAGAUGCCUGCGGAUGCGGGCUACCCUGCAUACCUGGGAGCGCGAUUGGCCUCCUUCUAUGAGCGUAGUGGCCGAGUGCAGUGCUUGGGCAAUCCUCCUCGCGAGGGCUCCAUCACCAUCGUCGGUGCCGUGUCGCCACCAGGUGGAGACUUCACUGAUCCAGUGACCUCUGCAACCCUGAGUAUCGUGCAGGUCUUCUGGGGUCUGGACAAGAAAUUGGCCCAGCGCAAGCACUUUCCCGCGGUGAAUUGGAACAUUUCCUUCUCCAAGUACAUCCGCGUGUUGGAGCCUUACUUCGAGAAGUACGAUGCGGAGUACAGCAUGCUCCAGCAAAAGAUGAAGGAGAUCCUGCAGAAGGAGGAUGACCUGCAAGAGAUCGUGCAGUUGGUUGGCAAGGACUCUCUGUCCGAAGAUCAGAAGUGCACCUUGGAAGUUGCCAAGAUCAUCAGAGAGGACUUCCUGCAGCAAAAUGGCUUCACGGAGUAUGACUUCAUGUGUCCUUUGGCCAAAACCAUUGGCAUGAUGAAAGUCAUCGUAGGCUUCCACGAAGCUGCUCAGAAGAUGAUGGCGGAACUUUCCGGCGAGCACAAGGUUGGCUGGAACACCAUCAACUCUGCCAUGAAGGAUAUGAUCAAAAAGAUCACCGACAUGAAGUUUGAGCUACCUCGGCAAUCCGAGGAGCACUACAAGCGCACCUUCGUGGCUCUCCACGACGAGGUGCUGGGCCCUGCCUCCAGACGCUGUUUUGUCUUUCUCCCUGAGCCGUCUGAUCCUGAUUCCACUUCUUCGGGCUUCCGAAGAGUGCAGGUUGGCCACAGUGUGGUGGGGAGGAUGGACGGAGAGCAGGGAGGUUUGCUCCACCUACUGCGUCGUUUUGUGCAAGGACGGCUCUACGGAUGGACAUUGACACAACUCCUCUGGCGAAGCCACGAGCCAGGUUUGUGCGGUCCACAGCUCGCAUGGCAUCCUGAUGCCCCUCAGCUGGCAUCUGCAUGCCGUGGGCACGUGGCCGUGCACCGCUUGGGUGACGGGCUCAUGUGUGAGGCAAAUACCACGCACUUGCAUGCAGAGAUGCGGAUCCUCAGCAUGGCCUGGCAGCCGUGUGAUUUGCGGAACACCUUAGCCGUCUCCAGCUCCAAUGCGCUUGCGCUGUGGCGGUCGUCCGGUGCCGGCGGUUGGCUUCGAGUUUGGGCGCUCACAGGGGAGGCCUUUGGCUCUUCGGCUCUUUCUUGGGCACCGGAUGGUCGGCUCCUUGCAGCUGCAGGGCCCUGUGGUGCGGUCCACAUUCUGGGCCCGCAUAGUGAGCUCAUUGGUGAGGAGGAGCUGCCCAGUCACUUCGUUCGGCUUCGCCGCUGGAGUGGAGGGGCGGUGCUGCGAGUGAGCUGGUCGCCCGAGGCGACCCUGUUGGCCGCCCUCCACGCUGGACAGGAACCACUUGUCAGGCUUUGGAAGACGCAAAGCUGGGAGGUGGCCGUUCACGUGGGGCUCGGAUGGGUUCGUGCAGGGCUGCCAGGCUUCUCAUUGGCUUGGUUGAACGGUGACACGCUGCUUGCCACCGGCGGUGGCCACUUAGUGGAGAUCGGUGUAGGAAGUCCUGGUGUGGUGAACGCCGGCAGUGCCCAUCUUGGUCAGGAUUCCGUCCUAGGGCUCUCUGGAACAGAGCCAGAGGUGCGGGCUGUCCCUCUCGCACAGGAUUCGCCGGUGCAAGAAGUGGCGGUUUGCCCCCGUACAGCUCAACGAGUGGCUGUGCGGUUGGAUGGGUGUCGAGAGGUGCUGAUCUACGAGCGUGCCACCUGUGGUUUGGCGGGUUGGUCGCAUCGGGAGCUCAUGCCCUGUGGGCGCUUGGCUGCGCCAGGUGCCUUUCCGCAGGCAUUGGCCUUUGCAGAGAAGGCAAAGGCCAUGGGCAGUCCUGAGAGCGAAGGCACAGCUGGGCGCAGCUUUUGCAGCAGUAAGCCACAUUGA